GACAUGGUGCCCAAGACGAUCGCAGGGAAGAUCUUUGGUUCUAUCUGUUCUCUGAGCGGGGUGCUGGUAAUCGCCCUGCCCGUUCCCGUCAUCGUGUCCAACUUUAGCCGCAUCUAUCACCAGAACCAGAGAGCUGACAAACGGCGUGCUCAGAAAGUACAGAAAGCCAGACUGGCCAGGAUAAGAAUAGCCCAGGCGGGCAGCUCCUGCACGGGAUUCCUUCAGAGCAAACGCAACGACCUCCUCAACGACCUGCUGGAGCUCACGGGCUCAGACGAUGAGGAACUGCUGCUCAGCAAGAGCAUGUCAUUAUUAGAGAGUCAACACCACCAUCUAUUGCACUGUCUGGAGAAGACCACUGCCCAUGAGUUUAUGGAUGAGCAGCUGUAUGAACAGAACUGUCUGGAGACCACGGUCCAGAGCUACACCUCCCGUAGCCCCUCCCUCUCCAGCCAGGACAGGCCCAUAGGCACCUGCUGUACCCGCCGGGUGAAGAGGAGCUCCCCCCUGCCCAACUCCAGCAUGCCCCUCCAGCCCAGCCAUCAGCAUGGGCCGCUACAGGAGCUCAGCGCCCUCCGCAUCCAGUGCGGGGACAAGCUACCCCCCACCACCAGGUUAGAGACUGCAGGCAGCCAGGCACAGGGAGACAGGUUGAAUACGCUCUUGGCAUCUUUUUAGAGUUAUCCAAAGUGUUUGACACGGUUGAUCAUGGAAAUAUUACUUUAGAAAUUGCAUUAUUACGGUUUUCAUGAUUAUACAUAUAAUUGGAUAUAUAGUUAUGUUUAUUAUAGAGAACAAUUUGUUUAGGCAAAUGGCUGUGCAUCUACCCAUGUUCAAGAUAUCCUUGGGGGGGGGGGUCAUUUCGAUUCCUAAGAUAUAUCAAUGACCUUGCUGCUGUGUCUCCUACGCUACUUUACAUUCUCUUUUCUGAUGAUACCAAUUUGAUUUUAUCACAUAACCAUUUUUAUUCACUAAUUAAUGAAGCCAACUCAGGUAUGGCCACAUUUUCUGAAUGGUUCCAGAUAAACAGAUUAUCUUUAAAUGUUAAAAAGAAAGUCCUACUUUAUUGUAUUCACUAGUAAGAAUAAGAAAUAAAACAUUAUUUUUAAAGAAUGAAAUAGAACAAGUCACAUCCACUAGAGUUCUAAGUGAUGAAAAAUGAUCAUGGAAAGAUCAUAUUCAAUUUGUCAGUAGCAAAGUGAUGAAAUCUGUUGGUAUCAUCAGAAAGAUUAGUGGUUUGGUACAUCAGGCUUGCUUCCUAACUCUAUACUUUUGCUUAAUUUACCCAUCUCUCAUUUACUGUAAUAUUGUCUGGGCCAGCACAUUUGUUUUGUAUGUAUUGUACGUACCUGCACACCGUUUUACCAGUUUUUUAUCUGUACUGUUUUGUCUUUCACUUCUUUUCUUUGGUGUGAAUAAAUACAACCUAAACCCUAUCCAUUGCAGGUUGUAUCCAAUCCAAGUUUCUUCUCCUUAGGCACAGGUCUACAAUCAACUUUAACUGGACUAAGCUGAUCUUAAAUCAUGGUGCAACUUCAUCAUACUCUGCACAGACAUGCGUCAUGCACACAUGGAGUCCCCAUAGAAAACACUAGAUGGCGGUGUAGGGUUGUAUCUAGCACUUUUAUUACAAGUAGUUGGGCCAUUUGUAAAAUUACAGUACUUUUACAGUCUUAUUCCACCCUCUCCCUCUGUCUGUCUGUCUUUCUCUCUCUAUCUUUCUUACUCUGUCUUUCUCUCUCUAUCUUUCUUACUCUGUCUUUCUCUCUCUCUCUUGCUCUCUAUACUCUCUGUCUCUAUCUCAGUCGCUCUAGUCUCAACAUGAAGACAGACGAGGUGGGUCUGUUCAACUGCAAGGGCGGUCAGAUCACCACGGCGAUCAUCAGCAUCCCCACGCCCUACUCUGCCACCCCGGACGGGGACGGUCUUCACGGACCCCCCCAGCGCAGACCCCCCCCUCCCCCCACCGGCCCAGAGGCCGCCAGUAUUAACACCACAGCCAGCUCCACUGUCUUCAAAGUGUCCGCUCUGUGACUGUGUGACUGACCCACUCGACAGACUGACUGAGCAGGAGGAGAGGUGAAGAGAGGCUUUCACUAGAACUCUACCUUGAAGGACCCCUGUCGCCCGUUUCAGAGAUAGAGAAAUGGGAGAGAACUCCCCGUGUACCAAGGAGUAUACAGCCUUUUAGGCAGCAAGGGGAUAGGCUAUACUGAGUGAAAUGCUGCACGGCAGCUGAUGGUAGAGUAGGCUACGAUAUGCGCAUUUUCCUAAAACGGGCCAGUAUGUGUGCAUUUUGGGAAUAUGACAGGACAAAGGAAGUCACUGUGUCUUUGUGCACUUCGCACCUACAUAUUAUUGUUUUGAUCUGCCUACAGCUAAACCCUGAAUGUCUGAAAGAUGAGGAUGAAGACACCUAUCAAUGUUUUAACUUUAGGUUGUCAGGUCUUCUUUAUGUUUUGUGUUGUCUUAUCUAUUUUGUGUGUGUGUGUGUGUGUGUGUGUGUGUGUGUGUGUGUGUGUGUGUGUGUGUGUGUGUGUGUGUGUGUGUGUGUGUGUGUGUGUGUGUGUGUGUGUGAUACUUUUAUGAAAUGUUCAUAUUUUAGUGGGUUAUAACCUUACAUUUCCAUCUAUCCACAAUGUCCUUAAAAUCUAAACAACAUAAAUGCCUACUAGUACUCUGACAAAUGUUCCAUCAGACACGCUACAGUAUUGCUGCUUUCCCAAAUCUGUCUCUCUCUCUCGCUAUUUCUCUGUCUCUCUCUCUCCCUUGCUCUCACUCUCUGUCUCUCAAUUUCAAUUUAAGGGGCGUUAUUGGCAUGGGAAACAUAUGUUUACAUUGCCAAAGCAAGUGAAAUGGAUAAACAAACGUGAAAUAAACAAUAAAAAGUGAACAGUAAAUAUUACACUUACACAAGUUCUCUCUCUCUCUCUGUCUCUCUCUCUGUCUCUCACUAUCGCUCCCUCUAUCGCUCUCUCUAUAUCUCUCUCUCCCUCGCUCUAUCUCUGUCUCUCUCUCUUUCUCUUCCAAACCGUCUUCAUGUUUAAGACUUUAGCAGUUUAGUUGUUGUUGUUUCAGUUCAGUGGAAGACAGUAUAAUCACCAUGGCAACGAUGACUGUCCAUGUCAAUGCCCUACUGUGAUGUGAACAGGCCUCCUCUACAUGUUACAUUAACUGUUGUCCGUUGGAGUUCCAUGCUCUAGGUGCCUGGUGUUUUGGAAUAGCUUGUGACUACUUGCCAAGAUGUGCUACAGUAAAAUUAUAACAGAUAAACAAGUAUUUUGUUUUCAUUUUUUUGUGUAAAUUAUUAUUUUACUCUGUAGGUUUUUGAAUAAUGAAAAUGAAAAUACCAUGUUGCAUUCAAGGUAUCUGUAUGUUUUUGUAUUGACUUUGUGUACUCAGCCAUGUGGUAGACAGAGGUAAGGACAUACUGUCAUAAAAUCGCCACCUAAUCCAUUGUUGUGAGUCAAUAUGUAAUGUGGAUGUUAAAAAUAGAUGUUUUAACAUGUUGACCAUGUCAAGUGAAAAGAUGAGUAAAGUUCAUAUCAAUGGGUUACUACAAACACCUAUCUAUUGGAGGGUGGUUCUUAACAAUCC